UAAGUGUAAUUCAGCAUUGUUUGCAGCCGUUCAAAAGUUAGUUAGUGGAUUCAACAAGAUUGUUUAUAUUCACUGUUAAAUUUCCAUAUUUUCGGUUAGUUAGAACGACAAAUAUUAGCAUCUUCCUGCGAAUAAGUAGAAAAGCAAAUAAGAAUCGUCGAAAAAGAGAAACUGAAAAAUCUCCGACGAAAAAUCUGAAAUGGCAACGGACAACAAUAAUUUGAAGACUGUGGCCCAGAUCUACAGCAUUCUUCAAGACAAGCCGGCCGAUAAAAGCGUAGCCAUAAAGAAGGUAUUGCGAAACGAGUUCGACAUCAACUACACAGUGCCGAAGAGUAAAUGCAAACUGGCCAAGGUCGCCGAACGCACGGUCCUCGAUUUCGCGCUGGACACGCGCGAUUUGGAGAUCUUCCAAAUGCUAAUCAAGCACGGCGCGGACUUUACCGCUUUAGACGGAAACGGCUCCACGAUUCUGCAUCGAAUAGCCAUGGAAAGCUUCGCGAAGAAAGGCAAUUCUUACGAAAUGAAAGGGAAACAGCGGCAUCCGUUUGCCGAUUCGGUUCUGUCGGCGCACGUCGAACAGAAGAGAACGGUGAAUCCCAAGAAUCCAGAGGGGAUCUCGCACUUUCACAUAGCGUGCAUGUUCAAUCACGCCCGCGCCGUGCAGUUCUUCCUGGAGCAGUACGCGUGCGUCGACCAGGCUAUCGACGAUGCAUCCGACUUUCUUCCCGGCUACGCUCCGAUGCACGUGGCCGCUAAAUAUUCGGCCUUCGAGGCAGCGAGCCUGCUUUUGAAGUACAAUGCGGCCUUGAAACCGCAAAACGCCAACGGCAGCUACCCUCUGUUUCUGCUCGUCGAGCGAAACAGAGAAAUAUUAGAUUGGAAACGCAUUCAGAAGAGAGCCUUGUGCGCGCAGUUGAAAGAAGAGCUCGCGAGCAACGAAAAAAUGAUCAGGCUAUUGCUCCAGGAGAGCGUCACCGGCGACAUAGGACUGUCGGUUCGUCAGGUAGCCUGCACUUUGCGAGACACCCACGUGCUCGAGCAAACUUUAGAGAGGCCCGAUAGCAUGGACUUCCCGGUUAGCGAGUACGCGUCUAUGUGGCCGGGAUACACGGCCCUUCAUUUUGCAGCGAUAUUCAACGUCAGCGCGCUGAGAUUGCUUCUGAUCGACGGAGGUGACAUCUUGGCCAAAGACGCCAAGGGAGUGUCCACUUUAGAUUUGUGCGUGCAAAGGUACAGCCCAAAAGUUCUACACUCCAUCUUAACGAUCGUGCCCAGGAUUACAAGAAUCACCUUCAUGAGUAGUGAGAUGAAACUGAUCGAUCUGAUACUUGCCAUGUCGGAGGUGGCCGGGCUCAGCUCUUUUUUAAUGAAUUAUAUGGACAACGCGUAUGCGCGUCUGCCUUUCGGUUCACCGGUGUGGCCAGGAUUCACGACUCUGCACUUGGCAGUCCUUUUUUCCGACAGAAUUAAAAACUACGAAGAUAUUUAUAAAGAUACCGAUUAUCCAAAACCGAGCACGCCACUCGAGCCCCACGAAGAGAAAGAGUAUUAUCAAAGGGUCCAAUUAUGCCUGGCGAUGGGUAGCAGCGUGAACCAAAUCAAUGACAGCGAGUUGACGCCACUGCACCUGGCCUUCCGACUGCCCAACUGGCACAUCGUCGACUUAUUGUUGAUGGAGUGCGAGAAACUCAGCGACGUUACGGAUUACGACGAGAUCUCUCACUUGCAUAUCGCCUGCACUACCAGCCACAUUGAACUGAUCGAAAAUAUGCUCAAGACUGAAACCAACGUGAAUAAGCCCAUAUUGUCCCCCAUAAAGUAUCGAUUUUCCGAUAAAGAAUUGACGCCCAAUAUGCUUCACAUCGUCCCUGGCUCGACUUGUCUGCACAUUGCUACGGCAACUGGCAACGCGGAGCUCGUAGGCGUGCUCAUGGAAUACGGCGCUGAUCCGUUCGCCCAGGAUGCGCAUGACAUGACACCCAUACAUCACAUCCUUCUGAGCGGAAGCCAAAUCUUCAACUAUGGCAUACUUUCGGAAAAGUUCUGCGACGAUCGAAUAACUGCUUUCGGGUUAAGCCAUCUUCAAGUCGCUUGCUUCAUGGGCCACAUCGAAGCUGUCGAGGAGUUGCUUGACAACGGAGCGAAUAUCGAAUCGAGAAUAGAUUUUAAGGAGGUUAACUUAAAUCCAGCCUUCGAGGCAUUAAAACCCUACGACGGUUACACGCCCCUGCGGUUUGCGUGGAAAGGGGGCCAUAUCUACAUAGUCAGAGUGUUGAUUGAACAUGGAGCGGAUAUAUUUUCCAAGUCAAAUGAUGGAUCUAUUCCUUUCUACGAGUCCUUGGCAGGCCCAUUCGAAAUGGAAAAUUUAGGCGGUUUAGAUCGGUUGAAUAAUAGCGACGACCAGAAUCAGCUCAAGGAUGUCAGCUCUAAAGACGAUAUGACGGACGUUAUUGACACCUGUCCAAGUCUGUUCGCUCUAAACUUAAUGGGCAUAAGGAAAAUAGAAGAAAAGUCGAGAGAUGCCGCGGGGGUAACAAGUCUGCACAUCGCUUGUUUGGGCAUAAGAACGAAACAGGUUAUCAAGCUGCUGAGGGAGGCAGCUGAUCCAAAUGCACGAAUUCACAGCGAUUCCCCGAUUUGGCCUGGCGCCACGCCUCUCCAUGCUCUUCUGGCUCUGCGCUUUGCGGACGAGAAGCGCGAAAGCUUCCGCGAAGUGUAUCGACAAAUUCAGAUAAUUGGAAGGGCACUUUUGAAGCACGGAGCUUGCGUUACGGUGGGAGACAACCAAGGAGAUACGCCGAUCCACAAAGCUUUCAAGCUUAUGUGGUCCUAUUCGGACGUAUUGAAGCUCGGACUUCAUGCCCUUAAUUGGAUAGUAAUUGGGCACACAGAUUUUAGCGUGAAUCCUGCAAACAAGACUGGCAUUUCCCACUUCGACAUCGCUUGCAUGAGCGGUGCAAAGGAAGUCGUGGAAAAUUUCUUGAAGCGCGGCGUUCGUAUCAACGCUCGCAUGGGCUAUUUCAAUAGAUAUUACGGAGGUUUCACGGCACUCCAUCUGGCCUCGCUUUACAAAGACGAUUCUAUGGUCGACUUCUUGUUGAAACGCGAGGCCGAUUGCCAUGCCGUUGAUUUUCUCGACAACACUCCGCUCCAUACCGCGGCGAUGCGCUGUCGACUUGGCGCCGUUACAGAUCGACCGUACAACGAAACCAUCUACGCAAUUUUACUCAAAGCUGGAGCUGACGCCAACGUAAGCAAUUUGUGGGCUGAGACCCCAUUGGCCGUGCUGCUGAGGAUGAAUAUGAUAACGCCCAAUACUCUUCAGUACUUCAGUCAAAGUAAACCUUGUUGCGUUAAUUUAUUCAAUUUUGAAAACGAAGAAGGACUGCUAGGCAGAGUUUUAUGCUACCAAUCGACCUAUUACCGCAGAGUAGAAAAUGUUUACCUUUAUCAGACAGUAGUUACAAAUUCUCAAUUGAACAAGGCAGACGAAAAGGGGCGUACUGUUAUUCACAAUGUUGUUUCUAUUAAAACAUCUCCGAACAAGGAUCUUCAAAUUGGCUCUGCCAAAAUGUAUACGGAUAUCAUUCACGGAUUCAUCAAGUCAGCAUUUGACAUAGAUGCUCAAGAUAACAGAGGUGAAACAGCUCUGCACAAGGCAGUCCGUUUCAGUAAUUAUAAUGCCGUCGUUGGACUCCUGAAUAACGGCGCAGACAUCGACGUGAUCGAUGCGAAUAACAAGCCAGCAUUUUCUUACUGCAUCGAAAAUAAGGAACAAAACGUGGAUGUGCGUAGGAACAUUCUCGAGGCGUGUUUGUUGCACGUCUACAAAUUGCAGAUUGCUGGAAUAGAAGUGAACAGCGCGAACGAGAAUAUCGCUGCGCGAAUUCGGGAAGAGCCGAUUUUUUACAGCAACCAUAUGCAACGCUGCAGCCAGGAGUUGGACAAUUUGAAAAGUCACGUCAUUUCCAAUUCGUAUUCCGUCACCUUAUACGAUUUAUUAUCCAAGUCAACGAUUUAUUAUCGUACGUUUCGCAUUCUUAGCGAUACUAUCGAGAAAAUGAUGGUGACGAACAUCCGUCUUAUUCGUAUAACGUACCCGGAGUUUACAGGCCUAUUACAGAUGCAGUACAGAUACGUUAUCCUUAGAUUACAGCUGCUGGAGCCCUCAAGGGCUGCCUUGAAUUUACUGUCAAGAUAUGUCUUGCCUCUCGUAAGUACGGAAAGUAUUACCCAAUUAUUGAGGACCGUUGAGUUGAAACAAUUGAUCAAAGCAACGCAAUAGCAGCACGUGCGAGAGUCAUGUUAAACGUCUCUUACAACUAUCAGAGAAUGUUACUCAUUCCGCUGGCGGCAAUCAGUCCAUACAAUAAUCUGCCAUUUUGUUGAACAACUUUUAGAUCAACAAAUAAAUCCAUUUUUCUUUUGCGUGUCUAUUGAUAAUAAUUACUUAUUAUAUGAACCGCGCUGCGGAGAGAAAUUUCAUGUCGGAUGGCUUCUUGCAAAUUAGUGGACACCGAGAAUGUGUUCGCUUAUUACAUGAUUAUUAUGAGUCAUCACGCAGUCAUCGCGUCUUUCAACGCGCAAAAAAUAAAAAUGUGUUCUUUUGAAUAUUAUCAUAAUCACUUCAAUGUUAAUUAACGUUUAAUAAUAAAAAUAUGA